AUGGGUACGGAAGGAGUUUUAAGAGCCAAUAAGUGGCUUAUCGACUUAGAUAGAACUUUUGAUAUCAAUGGUUGCACAGAGAAUCAGAAGGUCCAGUAUGCCGGACAUUUACUCCAAGGAGAGGCUGGCAUAUGGUCGGAUGUGAAAAUGAAACUUUUGGCGCAAGAAUUGGGAGAUAUCACCACUCUCACUUGGGAGCGUUUUAAGAAUGAAUUCGACAGCCGUUUCUUCCUAGAAACAGCUAAAUAUCAGAAAGCAUUAGGGUUUACGAACUUGACUCAAGGAAAUAUGACAGUGGAGCAAUAUGCAGCUCGAUUUAUGGAGUUAGGAAGAAUUGCCCCACAUUUGAUUAGUAUGCAAAACAUGCAAGUUAGGAAAUUUCAAGACGGAUUACAACCAAGGAUAAGGAACCAAGUUGCUUUCUUACAGAUCGAGAAUUUUUUAGAGUUAGUGAAUGUUGCUUCCAUAGCAGAGGCAGAGUAG